UCCUCUGCUAAGAGCGCGACGAGCAACCACCAAAAGUGGCGAAGAAUGUAUGCGAGUGGUUGGGACCAGAAAAUUACGAGUGUUAUUCAGUGUAUCGCCGGACAAGCACGUAAUUUGGACAGCCAAAGUACCUCAAGCCGCCUUCAAUUGAUUAAUUGAUCGAUAAUUGAUAUUAGUUUUUCGCCAUUCUUUGACUGUACCGUGCCGUAGUGAAUAAGGUGAUAGUUCAGCGGUAAUACAUCUCAUUGCGCGCAAAUAAUGCGAAGAAGUAAAGCGGGUUCUGCGUCUGUUGUUAGCUAGUUUGUGUGAUUUCCCGUCGAGAUAAAAUAUUUAAGUGUAUUCCGAACAUGUCUAUAACCAAGUACCAAAUAUUUUUAGGAUUAAUAACUUUGUUUGCGGUGUUUUACGACACCCGAGGGCAAAUGCCUUCCAACAUCGCACAAGAUGCAAAUCUUCAGCAGUUGUCUCUCGGUUCAGAAGCCUUCGCAAUAGACUUAUUCAAAAGAAUAGCCAUUGCGGUUGAGAAAGAAGAUUAUGACUUCAUGAUAUCGCCAUUUUCAAUUUGGACUCUCAUGGUUUUAACAGCCGAAGGAGCGACAGAUAGAACACUGAGUGAAUUGCAAGGAUCAUUGAGAUUAUGGCAAGAUUUCUCAUCAAUUCGAGAAAGCUUCACCAAAAUUCAAAAGGCGCUCAACAUAAACACCAACACCGUCGAAGUUACUUCAUUCCAAGCUAUAUUCCCCGAUCUCAAUAAACCAACCAACCGCACUUAUCAGAGUAUUCUUCGGAAAUAUUACGAAACAGACGUUGUGCAAGUAAAUUACCGGCAAACACUAGAAGCACAAAGCCAUAUUAACGGAUACGUUGCGAAAGCUACUAAGGGUAUGAUCGAUUAUCUGGUGAAUGAACGUGAUUUGCUUGACGCACAUUUGGUUUUGAUUUCGACCAUAUUUUUCAAAGGACAAUGGAAGUUCCCAUUCAAUAGGACGCUGACCAAAGAAGAGCCGUUUUACAGCGAAAACAACCAACCAGUGGCUACAGUUAACAUGAUGAAUGUAAAAGGUCCAUUCCCAUACGCAUCAAUCGGGCAAAUAGAAAGCCACGUGCUUGAACUUCCUUACGGAAAGGAAGACAGACUCGUUAUGAUCGUCUUUCUUCCACGUAAAGGAGUACCUCUUACAAAAGUGAUAGAAAAUAUAGCGAAAGUAGGCAUUCCAAGCAUUUCAGAAGAGCUACGGAAGUCAGCAGUCGAAUUUGAAGACGAUGAAGUUGAAGUCUAUCUGCCCCGGUUUACAACCAUAUCCGACUUUCAAAUGAAUGCUGUUCUGGAACAGAUGGGCAUUCUUGACGCCUUCGAUCCAAAUAAAGCCAAAUUCCCUUACAUCUCCGAGUAUCCGCUUUACAUCUCCAAUGUAUUCCACAAGACCCGAAUUGAGGUAACCGAAGAAGGAACAGUUGCGUCCGCCGGCACCGCUGGCACCUUCGCAAACAAAGCCACACCGCCACGAUUCUAUGUUAAUCGGCCAUUCGCUUAUGUUAUAUUGGAGAAAACUUCAAACUCAUUGUUAUUCUGUGGACAAGUGAGAAAACCGAAACUUUUCUAGACAAGCUGCCUUUCCUUUUACUAAGAUAAACAUUUUUAUUGUAAUAUAUACAUAUAUGAGUCAACGUUAAUAUAAUUGAAACAUAGUGUGAA